AUCUUACCCUUUAAUUUCUUUUUCACUACUUGAUCCGAUCGACUCCCAUCCUUCUUUUUUCUCUUCCGCCAUGGAAUUCUAUGGCAACGCCGUCUAUGGCUUCACCGACGAAGAUGCCAACACCAUGCAACCAUCCCCUCGCCUUUCCAUCAAAACUAAUCACCACCAUCAAGAAAUGUCCGACCCAGAUCUCCAAUUCAGCCCCACCACCAGGCCUUCUAGCCCUCGAACCGCCACCAUGCUCUCAGCCAUACCCCCAGCCAGCCCUGAAUCGCCUUGGACACUCUCCCCCCUUCAAACCCCAUCUCCUUCUCUCCUCUAUCACUGUAUCGCUUCCCUUCACCGCCACGAAGGCACCAUCUACUCCGUUGCACUCUCCAAAGGGUUAGUCUUCACCGGCUCUGAAAGUAACCGUAUCCGCAUAUGGAGGCAGCCGGACUGCAUCGAGAGAGGUUAUAUCAAGGCCAGCUGCGGUGAAGUCCGUGCCAUUUUAGCUUAUGGUAACAUGCUCUUCACUGCACAUAGAGAUUGCAAGAUCCGGGUAUGGAACUACACCCUUUCCGAUAGCUUCCGAAGUAAAAAGAUCUCGACACUCCCAGGGAGAACUUCCUUUCUUCUUUUCCCCAAAAGAAGCCCCCAACAACACAGGGAUUGCAUUUCCUGCAUGGCUUAUUACCAUGCAGAAGGGUUUUUGUACACUGGCUCAUUCGACAAAACCGUAAAGGCGUGGAGGAUUUUGGACAAAAAAUGUGUGGAUUCCUUCGUCGCCCACGAAAGCAGCGUUAACGCCAUCGUCGUGAACCAAGACGACGGCUGCGUCUUCACUUGCUCUUCCGAUGGAUCGGUGAAGAUAUGGCGGAGAGUAUACCGAGAAAACUCUCACACUCUCACCAUGACACUGAAAUUCCAACAAUCUCCGGUUAAUGCCUUGGCAUUGAGUUCCACCUUCAACAACUGCUUCCUCUACUCGGGGUCCUCUGAUGGAACCAUUAAUUUUUGGGAGAAAGAGAGAAUGUCCGGAAGGUUCAACCAUGGUGGGUUUUUACAAGGCCAUUGUUUUUCCGUUUUAUGUUUAGUAGCCAUAGAGAAGUUGAUAUUUAGCGGAUCCGAGGAUACAACGAUUAGGAUAUGGAGGAGGGAGGAAGGGAGCUGUUUCCAUGAAUGUUUAGCAGUGUUGGAUGGACAUAGGGGGCCAGUGAGGUGUUUAGCGGCUUGUCUGGAGUUGGAGAAAGUUGUGAUGGGAUUUUUGGUGUAUAGUGCCAGUUUGGACCAGACAUUCAAGGUGUGGAGGGUGAAGGUGAUGCCCGAGGAGAAAGUGUACGUGGAUUUUAUGGAAAGAAGUGAGUCCAAAUCGACCAAGGUUAUGGAGUAUGAAAUGAGUCCGGUGUUGUCUCCUUCUUGGGUAGAGAAGAAGCUUCAAGGUAACCACCAUUUUCAGUAACUUAGGAAUGUAGGUUAAUUUCAAUACUGCUUUUGGCUUGCUUGUUCAAUUUUCCUCAACAACCUUGUGCAAAGACUAGCCAAAUAAAAUCGUUUUUUUUUGGGUAAAGGGGCACCCUUUAUUGCAUUAGUUUGAAACCAAUUAAACCCAAAUUGGAGUUUUUGUACUAUUCAAAAGAUUUGAUCAAGAUCUAAAUAAUUUGAGCUUUAAGAU